AUGACCAAAACUCCAGACUAUUAUAAAAUCCUGGGCGUAUCUAGCGAUGCGACACAGCCGCAGAUUCGCAGCGCAUACAAGAGGGAAUCGCUAAAAUCGCAUCCCGACCGUGUACCUGCCGACUCCCCCGAGCGGCCUGCGCGGACCAAGAAGUUCCAAGAGAUCAACGACGCCUACUACACUCUAUCGGAUCCCACUCGCCGCCGAGAAUACGAUCAAACCCGCGCCUUUGAACAAGCCGAGGAUGAAGCAGAUGAAGAGAUCCCCACAGGCGGUCGUGGCUUCCCUUGGUCUGCCUUCGGCUUCGGCAGCCGCGAGGAGCGAGACGAUGAUCAAUUUGGGUCUGUUUUCGAGGAGAUGUUGCGCGAGGAGGGCCUGGCCGAAGAAACGGGCGACAACGGUAACCGACGGACUCAACCCACUGGGCGGUUCUGGGCGAUCGUUGGUGGAGUUAGCGGAGGAGCACUGGGCUUCAUUGUUGGUAAUGUUCCCGGGGCCUUGGCUGGAGCGGUGGCUGGAAAUCGACUCGGUGCAGUCCGUGAUGCGAAGGGAAAGAGCGUCUAUGAGGUCUUCUUGGACUUACCGCAGCCGGAUCGAGCGCGCCUGUUGAGUGAGCUCGCAGCCAAGGUCUUCCAGACUACCAUGGGAAGGUAG